AGAGAUGGGAGAUCCAAGUCCCAAUUGAAACAGGAAUAGUACUCAAAAGUGCUUCACUCAAAACAGUACUCUCUCUCUCUCUCCCCCUUUCCACCUAUUCAGUGCUUCCUAAACCUUUCAUUUAUUAUACUUUCUCUCAAUCACUCAAGUCUCUCUCUCUCGCUGGAAGAAACACAACCCAAGAAGCCCUUUUUCUCGCUCUCUCUCUCUCUGCAUAUACACAAGCACAAACAAACACAUUUAUAAAUUAGUACUAUAAAAUAAUACUACUACAUAGCAAAAACACAAACACACACACAAACCCUAGAGAAAGAGAGAAACUUGUUGAGAGAGUGGUGGUGGGGAUCAAAGACCCAAAAUCAGAUAUCUCUUUCUCUCUCUCUCUCUUUGUCUUUUCUCUUUCUUCAAAUUAAAGAUAGAGUUUUUAUCUCUCUCCAAAUGCCCGAAACACACCCACCAGAGAACCAGCUAAACGGCGUCGUCGGAGGACCCAACACCCCUCUGGUCCUCGCUUCCUCCGAUACCACCACCACCACCGUCGGAUCCAAGCGCCAGCGCAGACCAAGCGUCCGAUUAGGCGACAUCGGUGGAGACCAACCCUACGAUUCCCACGUGCGCCGCACCACACACAAUCACACCCACAGCAACAGCAACAACCACAACCACAACAGCAACAACAUCAACAACAGCAACAGCAACAGCAAGCACUGGAAGCUCACUAUGAAGGACCCCACAAACUCGAACUCCAAUUCCAACUCUAAUUCCAACAACCCCAUCUCAGAUGUGGAUGAGCGUGAGGGGAACUUGGAUUCUGUUGCGAUUGGGAGCUGGAAGGUUAAAGAUUCCAAAAGGCGAGGUCUUUCUGCGAAAAGGGUUCGAUCCAAUUGGGUUUCCAGGGCUGAUGAAUGUGGUAUUGUUGGUAUUGGUGGUGGUGGUGGUGGUGGUGGUAGUGGUGGUGGUAGUGGUAGUGGUGGUAAUGGUAAUGGAGGAGCUGGUGUUGAAGGUGAUGAGAAAUACAGUGGGGGUGAAGAUAUUGAUGAUGGGUAUCGAGAAUUCGAUGUGGAAAACUCGGAAAGUCCAUUGAAAGAGCAAAGCCCAAUUCAUUCCCUUGAGAAUUUGGGUGUGGAUGGAAAUGAGAGGGAAUUGGUUUAUAGGAGACCCUUUAGAGGAGGAGGGGUUAGGGAGAACAUUGAUGGGGUAGAGUUGUCCGGGCCGUCGGAUAGUGGUGAUAGGAAUGAGAAUGGUGGAGGUGGGAGAAGAGGGAAGUGUGGAGAAGAUGGUGUGAGGAUUUGGCUUAAUGGGUUAGGCUUAAGUAGGUAUGCACCGGUGUUCGAAAUUCAUGAGGUGGAUGAUGAGGUUUUGCCAAUGUUGACACUAGAGGAUCUCAAGGAUAUGGGGAUAAAUGCGGUCGGGUCGAGAAGGAAGAUGUAUUGCGCAAUUCAGAAGCUUGGGAAGGGGUUUUCAUGAGCUUUUUAAAUGAAGCUUUUUGCUUGUGUUUGUGUGCGUGAGUGUGUGUUGGAGAAUUAGGGGAAAUUUCACAGCCAUGGCAAUGUAAGAUGCAAUCUAAACCAUUUUGAGCCUUUAGUGUAUUUGCUCUUUGACUCUUGGGGUAGUAUGAUUAGGUUAUUUUGUUAGUGUUUUUUCUUGUUGCACUCUAUACCUUUUUUAAUCAAGUGCAAUUUUCUGGUAUA